GUUGACAUUCAAGGGCGGGUGGACUCAACGAGACGCAGUUCCAAACUUUAUUGACUGAAUAAUGCACGGUUUUUCUUUCAAGAAAUCUCAAAAGGAUACACUUUGUGUUCUGUUGUUUUAUUUUGGUGCAUUUGUCCUCUCAGUGUAUGGAAGUUGUGGUCGAGACUUUUCCGGAGAUGUUGGGGCGUUUGCUGUUACUACGAGUCGAAAUCGCAACACCCCGGAUUCCUGUAUAGUAAGGAUUAAUGUUACUGAAGGGAAACUCGCCAUCAUCAGGUUCAAAACGAUCAUCAUGAACUGUUCAACUGAUUUCAUAGAGAUUCGUGAUGGCCGCAAUGAAGACGCUGAAUUGAUAAAACGGUUUUGCCAGAAGACAGCUUUCUCGGUUGCAGCCACCCAGAACUUUAUGUUCCUACGAUUCAUCAAUGGUGCCACUUUUAACGAUCUCGUUGUGUCAGCGGAGUAUUUCGUUUUCGACCCAGAGGACGCCAAACUGAACGCCAGUUCGGGGUCCUUCGCCUCCCCGCGGUACCAGGGCCCCUCCUCUCUGUUGUAUGCCAAUAACUUCCGGGCCACCAUCUCCAUAUCCAUCCCCGGAGACUUCGGCAUCAUCUUCACGUUCUCGGAGUUUGACCUGGAGACCAAAUACAAUGGCAAGUGUCUGGAUUACUUGGAGAUUCAGCAGGCGGAUGGACAGUCUUUAGGGCGAUAUUGUGGAAAUACCAUUCCUAAAGACAUUGUCUCGAAAUUCAACACGAUGUACUUUCACUUUGUGACCAACACUUACUUAGAAAAAGCUGGAUUUUCUUUUAGCUGGGAAGUGUGUGGAGGGGUCAUUGAUCAGGCAGCCGGAACUAUGGAACUUCCGCUCGUUAGUGGCCUUUAUAGGAACAACAUGGACUGUAGGUUCGUCUUCCGGCAACCGGAGGGAAAGCGUGUCGCCAUCACCUUCACAAAAUUCAACCUUCAGCAAAAGGCUGCGGACGGAAGAUGUAUAGAUUACGUGGAGGUAACAGACACAGGAUCAGGCUUCACAACUCCGAUCGCCACACAUUGCGGCGUCAUAAGUUCCCAAUUUACGGUGACGUCAAGCUCCAAUGAGGUCACCGUUCGGUUUCAUUCUGAUGAAACAAUUCAAGGAUAUGGCUUCAGCAUUUCGUAUGUUCAAGUCGAACCUUGUGGCGGGAAAUACGAAUUGUUGGAGGGCCGGUUCUUUCCUCCGGACUAUAACAACAUCUACUCGGCCAACGAACACUGCGACUUCCACAUCAAAACCUAUCCUGGGAGUCAAAUCAUGACGGCAUUCAGCAAAUUUAAACUGGAAGAGAAGUGGGGAGCGAGUUGCGUGGAUUAUGUAGAGAUUAGUGACCCAUUUGCAUUCGAACAUCAAACAUCAGGUGAUGGAACUCCACACGAUCACAUCCUGGAAAAUAGUCACCGGCAUUACUGCGGCAGUACCACACCCCCGAACACUCUGUACUACGGGAACGAACUGCAAGUCAAGUUCCGGUCCGAUGGGUCCGUGGAGAGCCAAGGCUUUGUGAUGGAAUGGGCAGCAUGUGGCGGCAAGGUAACAGAUCACUAUGGCGAACUGAAAUCUCCUGAGCUCUACCUCUCUCACAUACUGGAUAUGACGUGUGUCUACACCAUCGAACCGCAAGACGUACAGUCCUUCUUUGUGCAGUAUUCAUCCGAAUUUGCUCAGACAAAUAUAAAUGGAGUUUGUGAUAACGCUUUACAGGUCAGGGAAAUUGGCCCACAGAACAAUUCAUUAGUUAACCUGCCGUGCUCUGGCGAUAAAACUGGACUUUUUCAAACUGGGGCAAAGAAAUUACAGAUUACUUUCAAUCAAGCACUCGGAAGGCCUCGGGGUUUUAAGUACAGUCUUCUAUGGACUGCUUGCGGCAGUCGGGUUACUUCUCCGACCGGAAAAAUCAGAUCGCCAUUUUGGCCCGGGUAUUAUCCAAUCAAACGGUCCUGCUCUUACGUCAUAGACAGUGUGUCCGGAAGUAACGUCGUUCUGGACUUUAUGAACCUGAAACUUGUUCAAACAGACACGUGUGAGGAUUAUAUUCAGAUUCACAAUGGCGCCGACGAAAAUUCGCCCCUGUUGAGAGUUGUAACCGGAAGAACAAUACCGGACACUACUAUCUCUACCACCAGUCGGAUGUUCGUCAAGUUUGUGGCGCAGUGUGAUGUUAGCUCUGAGGGAUUCCAAGCCAAAUGGAGUGUGUGUGGAGUAACACUGAGUGAAGAGUCGGGAGAAGUUAUGUCCCCUAGUUAUCCCCAGAACUACAUCCGGGACAUUGCCUGUAGUUACACCAUCACCCAGUACCCGGGAAAAAUAACAUCCCUAACAUUCAUAGAUUUCGAAGUUGGGUCAAAGGUCGACAAUGAGUGUAUAAACGAUUAUGUGGAGAUUAGAGAUGGGUUUAUUCGACAGUCUACGCUAAUUGGAAAGUACUGUGGGCGCUUACAAAAAUUUACAGUAAACUCCACCAGCAAUACAAUUAACCUCAUCUUAGUAUCCACUAGCAACACAAACAUCCGAUACAGAGGGUUCAAGGCCACAUACAAGUCCAAUGUCAAAGACACAAUGUCACCAUCUACCAGCACAAUCUCGCCAAACUUCACAAUUAUCUACAGAGGACUAACCGCGGAUCAAGAAAACCUUUUAGAUAUGGAUAUCGCACUCAUCACUAUAUUGUCAAUAAUCGUCGUCGUUCUCAUUAUCGUUAUCAUUGUCAUGUUGAUGAUGAACAGAAGAAAAAAAACCCCAAUGGUAGUACAAGAGCAGAAAGUGGUUGUUUCAAGUCCCUCGCGGAAUGACGGCGUCUUGAAUUUCCGUGACAACACACAGCUUCUUGACGUGUACAAUAAAGUGGACUCACCCAGUCCGGAGAGCAAAGACUCGGACGUCAGGGCAGAGAUCAAUCUAACGCUGCAGCAGCAACUCAGAGAGCAGAGAAGACGCAAAAGCACCGGAAGUAACGUUCCACGUGACGUGUACGCUCAGCCACUGAAGAAACAGCUUCCGGAGAGAAUUCAAGAGUCGACAGAAUUCAGGAGCGUUUCUCCCUCCGCAGCUGACAGUUACAAGCAGACGGCGGACAACUACGCACAGAUGACCGAGACUUACAAAGAUGACCAAUCAGAUUUCGAUAACUAUGUGAGAGUUGACCAGCGCGCCAAAAGCCCAGUUAUGAAGUUUUCUACCAGCAAGAGAGGGUUCGCCAAUGAAGCGUACGAUGAUGUGGAAAGCACAAGGACUAAACCAUCAUCUGACAUGAUGUAUUUAUAAAGUUUUAAUUGAUGAAGUUAGCUAUUUUGGUAAACUCGAGCUUAUGGGCAUGUACGUGUUUACAUUUAUGGCAUGUUAACUUAUCUACAUUAUGUCUAUUUUGUUUUAACAUGAGUUUAAAGACAUAUCUAAAAUAAGCCAUUCAUUUAAACAUAUGAAUAAGUAAUAUGUCUUUGAUUAUAUGUACAUGUAUCCAUAAAUUAUUUACAUAUUAUUGUAAAUACAUUGUAUCAAAUUGAAUAAUAAUGAAAAUUCAUUUUUUUAAAUAAAUGUUUUAUUAUUCUAGACAUAUCUUACUACAUGUAUAUGAUACAUAAUAUACGGUGCAA